AUGACAUCUCUCAAAGGACUUUACUUUAAGGGCUUCACGAAAACACUUCUCCUCAAAAUGCUAAUCUCAUUCUUCUUCCGCGGUGCCUUUGCUCAAGAAAGCACCAUUCUUAUGUCGGAAAUCACUGAGCUCAACUGUCCAAAACCAAUGAUUUGGUACACCGACUCUAACAUCACCACCGACAUGUACUGCAUAAAUAGAUGUUGUCUGCCUUGCCCAUACCUCGACAAUUUCUAUCCCGAUGGUGAAUUGGACAGAACAUACAAGACGUUUGCCGUGUUCGGAAUUGUUAGCUUCUCUAUCAUGCUCAUACUGGCCGCCUUGUUCUUGGUAUUGCCUAGUCAAAGGAAUAACCAGACCACCAAACAAAUUUUGUUACCGUUAGUGUUAAGCGUUUGUUGUUUCGAAUUUGCGGAAUUUUUCACUUUGCAACAGCAGAAGAGUCAAUGCACAAAUCCCGUCUUAAGAGCAAACAUAAGUGAUAACCAUUACUGUGCGACACAAGCAUUUUUUACACUCGGCGGUGCGUACGCUGUAGCCUCCUGGGCAGCAUUGCUCAUGUUGCAUUUACACUUGAUCUCGGUCUGGCGUUCGGAAUUCAUCACUCGCAACAUCUUCUAUUUCAAUGUAUACAUCUGGGGUACAUCCUUCCUGGCCGCUGUUAUACCAAUGUCGAUUGGCAAAGUGGAAGCCAAUAACAUCUGUUUCAUUCAAUAUGACUACGCUUCCAUCUAUUACUAUUUCUUGAGCUUUAUUUACGUCGCAUUCCUGGCUCACCUGAUAACUUUUUCUCACAUGGCCAAGGUGACAAUAAAAGCGAACUGGAGGCUUUCGAAUGGAUCAACGACCAACAAACGUGUCUCAAUCGUGGAAGCUCAGCGUACGUUUAACCAUGUGAAAACCAUAUUCGCUUUACAAUGGCGUGCAUUGUUUGGCGCGAUCCUGAUGUUGGCGGUUUAUGUGGUUAAUUGGAGCUAUUUUGACGUUUUUAGCUCAUCCACCAUUGAUUCUACAUUGUUUUCUCAAUGGUUCCAAUGUCUACUGAAUGGCGGUUCGCAAACUUCUUGCGUCCCCCAAACCAUUCCAUCAAUCAAUUGGACUAUCGUGCUUCUCUUCGCCAAUCGUGCCCUUGGCAUAUUGAUCUUUCUCAUUCUCGCUGCCAAAAAAAUAAUUCUCGUCGAAGUUUGGAAUCUACUCAACGGUCGUAUCGAUCUGCGAUCAUCAUCAUCCUCCUUUCUCCCUAGAAAUCAUGGAAACAUUUCAAUGAGUUCCAUCGAACGGGGAGAAAGACUUGGAAGAGCAAAUGAAGCUGACAUCAGGGUAUCCGGAAUUACUUCGGGUCUUGGAAGCAUGUCAAGCGAUAUCGAGGACACAAAAAGCUCGCGGACAUCUUACUCUUCCAUGACAUCGUCAGACGUUUCUCCAUCCACGAUUAUGUCACUUCCAGGAAGAACUUUGCAUCCACCGUCACUCGGACUUGUGCCGAUUCCCGUGUCAGGAAGAGAAUCAACAACCACUUCGCACCCAUCACCAUCAAUUCCCGCGAGAGCGUCACUCGGGCUUGUGCCAAUUCCCGUGUCAGGAAGAGAAUCAACAACCACUUCGCACCUAUCACCAUCGAUUCCCGCAAGAGCGUCACUCGGACUUGUACCGAUUCCCGUGUCAGGAAGAGAAUCAACCACCUCGCAUCUAUCACCAUCGACUCCCGCAAGAGCGUCACUCGGACUUGUGCCGAUUCCCGUGUCAGGAAGAGGAUCAAAAACCACUUCGCACCUAUCACUACAGGCUCCCGCAAGAACGUCACUCGUGUCAGGAAGAGGACUAACCACUUCGCUCAUGUCAUCAUCGACUCCCGCAAGAACGUCACUCGUGUUAGGAAGAAAAUCAUCCACUUCGCACCUAUCAUCAUCGACUCCUUCAAGAGCGUCACUCGGAGUUCUGCCGAGAUCCUCAUUAAAUAUACGACUUCCCCUAAGACAUUCCACCAACCGUAUUUCGUUUUCCGGCGAAAUUUCAGAAAGUAGCAAGCGGACGUCGUCUAAUUCAUCAUCUAAUUCUGGUAGUGCAGCAAAGGGAAAAGUCAAUGUUGCUGUGCCAAAUGGUGGUUUUGUGGUAAAAGCCAAUCGAACGUAUGAACGGAAUAAACGACGUUCUCGGGAGUUGGCGAAAAAGAUAGCGAGGAACAGUAUUUCCGAGAUUUCGGAGGAUGAAGAAGAGGCAUCGGAAGAUGAUAAAGGGAAUAUACAGGAGAGAGGGUCAAAGGACGGCAAUGAUGACAAGAUGUCGGAAAAAAGAACGACAUUCGGAGAAGGGAUGGUAUCAGUGUUUGUACUUUCUAAAAAUAGUCAAAGUGAUGGUGGAGAUGGAAAUGGAAAGGUGGAAACAGUAAUCGGAUGUAUCCGAGGAAACGAUCAUGCCGACCUGAAUCAUUUAAUUUUAAAGCUUAGGGAGUUAUUGAUGUACUUACCUGACGGCGUCGGGUAUCAAUAA